AUGUGGAUCUACGUCCUACUACUAACAGUUACAUCGCUCGUUUUUUGCCAAUACGAUGGUACUCUUCCGGAAACGAAUGAAGCUGGAUAUGAAGCGGCCGAAAAAGUUCAACCACGACCAUAUCCGAUUAGCGCAGUGAGCUCAAAUCAACUUUCAUACACAGCAGAGCAAAUCGCGACCAAAAAAUCACCUGCCGAACUUAUCGCACUCAUACAAAGUCUUCUUGAUAAAUUACGAGGACGUCUACAGUACGCGCCGCAAGGUAGCGAUCUGGUUGCACAGUACGAUGCCGCGCUCGCCGACUUCUCACCACCUCCACCAGGUGUACAGUCAGAUUUUAUUGGAUCAAUUGGCGGUUAUAUAUCGUUAUUUACAAAAGUGCUAGGAAUAUUCUCGAAGGUUGCCAGCUUCGUUGGCCCAUUCCUCGAUUCGCCUGGCGCCGUCGAUCAAAGUGGUAACGAUGAAAUCGUUGCAAUGAUUGCGGAUAUAAACAGCGGAAUACAAUCACAAGUGGAUGAAGCAAACGGACCGUCCGGAGCUCAAUCCGACUUCAUAUCCUCGUUUGGACAAUAUAUUAAUCUUGCUAAUCGACUCAUCGGACUAUUCAGUAAUCUCGCUGCGGCCUUAAAAAAGAUUGGAUUUCUGGACCAGCCAUCAAUGCCCCGGCCAGUCCCAGCUCCAAUUGAUGGUCCUCCACCUGUAGCAGAAGCGAAGGUAGCAUCCAAUGUAGCUGUAGGUGGAAAGGCACCGCCACAUACAUCUCCACAGAUCCACGCUCAACAAGUCAACGAUGCAGGAAAUGAUUGCGGAAAUCAAAACGAGUAUAAACACCGAGUUUAG